CCCUUUUCCAAGGAGAAAUGAAGAAGAAAAUGAUUUUUACCUUAAAUGUGGGUGAUCAGGAAUAUGAAGACAUGGAAGGUGAAGGAAGCAGAGAUGAUACUGCUACCACUGUUCUGUUGUACAGUGAAGCCGACAGAUGUCCAAUAUGUCUUAAUUGCCUAUUAGAGAAGGAAGUUGGUUUUCCUGAAAAUUGUAAUCAUGUCUUCUGCAUGCCCUGUAUUCUUAAAUGGGCGGAGACAUUAGCAUCAUGUCCUAUUGAUCGAAAACCUUUUCAAGCAGUGUUUAAAUUCAGUGCACUGGGAGGUUGUAUUAAGGUUCAAAUACAAAGACAGUCAGAAAAAACAAAAGACAAGAAAAAUGAAAGUUUUUUUAAGAAACAGCUAUCCUGUCACGAAAGUUCUAAGAACUGCAUAAGACAAAAGGCUAUCGUAACAGAAGCUCUAUUAAGUGCAAAAUUUUAUGACUUGAAGAUGUUAUACAGAAACUCUUCUUACAGUGAAACCAGAGAAAAGAAAAAUGGAAUAAUCAAGAUAAAUAAGCCUCGAAGAUCAAACUGUACAAAUCAAUGCUUCAGAAAUGUUUUCUCCAAUAUAUUUUCUUCUAGUACUCACACUGGGGAAUCUUCUAAUACCCAUAGGUCAUACAGUACAGAGUUUUUAGAAGUCAAUGAAAUCAGUGCAGUGAUUAGGCAGAAAAGACAGGAACUGGAAAUGUCGUGGUUUCGUGAUACAUUACCUGGAAUUGGAAGAAAUGAUUUUAUACCUUGGAAUAUUGAAACCGAAAUUCUUCCUCUCGGCUCUUCUGUGUUGCCAAGAACUGUUUUUCCAACAAGUACCAUAGCUUUAGAAAAUUUUGGUACUUCUUGCAAGGGAUAUGCAUUAGCACAUACUCAAGAAGGAGAAGAGAAGAAGCAAACUUCUGGCACAUCAAAUACCAGAGGAUCAAGACGAAAACCUGCCGCAACAACUCCCACAAGGAGAUCUGCACGUAACAUGAGAUCCGAAACAGUCAGUCAGGCUCAGAGGUCUCCAGUGUCAGCUACUUCUGGGUGUGAUGCCCCAGAUAGCAAUAAUGCUUCUGUAAGUGUCUCCUCAUCAGCUGAGUCAGAAAAACAAACAAGACAGGCUCCAAAACGAAAAUCUGUAAGAAGAGGGCGAAAACCACCUUUACUGAAAAAGAAAUUACGGAGCUCUGUACCUCCCCCUGAGAAAUCAUCUUCCAGUGAGUCAGCAGACGAAGAAACAGCAGAAUCCGACCCACCACCUGUGUUACAGAAAGAGCCCCAGUCAGACAUAGGACGUAGUAACACUUGCGUUGUGCAGGCAGGGGAAGAAAACAAGUCUGCUAAUGACUUGAGAAGUUGCAGUGAGCAUAUUGAUGCACAGGAAGAACACAUUGAGAACCCUGAUACAGAGGAAACGGCAAAGGCUUUAGAUUCUAACUCUUACGCCCAAGAUCCUGAUCCAGAGGAAACAAUCAGGGCCUCCUAUUCUGAGUCUUAUUCCCAAGAUCCUGAUCCAGAGGAAACAAUCAGGGCCUCCUAUUCUGAGUCUUAUUCCCAAGAUCCUGAUCCAGAGGAACCAGCGAAGACGUCCGAUUGCGAGUCUUAUUCCCAAGAUCCUCCUGUGUUACUUAAGGAGGGAACAAGUAAAAAAAUUGAAAUUACAGGUAUAGAAAAUGAUGUCAUGUGUGUAGAAAGUGACAUUUCUAAAGAUACAGGUGAAAGAGGAGGUGAUCUGAUGGCAAAUCAAGACCAGGUAUCUGAACCUUUAGAAUUAGAGGUAAAAACAGAUAAAUGCACAGAUCAUCCUGCAAAUGAUUUCCAUACAAUUUCAGGAUUCGAAAUUGAAGUACACCAACCUGUAUCUAGUCCUGUAGGUGAGGUCCUGAAGAAUGUAGAAUCAGUGGUUAAGGAAGAAAAAAAUGAGAGUCCCGUUAUGGAAAUUGUUGAUCAUAAAGAUGCUACAGUAGAAAUAGAAGAGCUUUUAGAGAGUCCUAAGUUAAACUCUCCUGAUGGUGAAAGUAUACAAACAAGAAACAAAUCUGAUAGCUCGGAGGUUCAGUUGACUCAGCACGUUGAAACUGAACAUUCAAAAUUGAUUGCAAAGUGUGAUGGUCUAGGGAAUGAAAAUUUCAAUAGUACUCAAGAAUCUGAAAAUAAUUUAUUAAAAAAUGAUUUUGACAAUACGAAAUUAGGCCAUUGUUUAGAAGAGAAGACUGAAUCUCCGGAUGAACAUCCCACAUCUGAAGAUUUGCCUAACACACACUCUGAAGAGAUCCAGAAGCAUUUUAGUGAGGACAAUAACGAAACGAUUCCGAUGGAGUGUGACUCAUUCUGUAGUGACCAGAGUGAAGCUGCGGUGGGGGCUGCCGUUAAUGCUGAUGCAAAACAAUUGACUGCAAAGUCUGUGGAGCAUAGUUCUGAAAAUAAUACACCACCUUCUGAUCCUGCAAGUGGAAAAGUGGAAACUGUCUGUCAACCUUCUGAAGGCCCAGCAGAGACAGCAGACAAGGGCAAGAAGCCCCGCUCUCGAAGGUCUCGAUUUCACUCCCCAUCGACCACCUGGUCUCCUGCCACUGAACCGACGCGAGAAAAGAAGCGUUCUCAGUCUCCCUCCCCUAAGAAACAAACUGGAAAAGAAAGCAGAAGGUCUCAGUCUCCAUCUCCUAAGAAAGAACCAGCACGAGGACGAAGGAAAUCUCGUUCCCAGUCCCCCAAAAAGGAUAGUGCGAGGGAAAGGAGGCGUUCUCCCUCUCGGUCUCCCAAGAAAGAGAGUAGUAAGGAAGGCAAACAAUCUGACUCAGUCUCCCCCAAAAGAGACAUGUCUGGGGAGAACAGAAGAUCUCAAUCCAGAGUGAAAGAGAGCUCGCCAAGAGAAAAGUCCAGGUCCCGGAGCAGAGAAAGAGAAAGUGAUCGAGAGGGACAGAGGAGAGAUCGAGACAGAGAAAGAAGAGCCAGAAGGUGGUCGAGGUCCAGAUCUCGUUCCAGGUCGCCAUCAAGAUCCAGGACAAAAAGCAAGAGCUCAUCGUUCGGUAGAAACGACAGAGACAAUUACUCCCCUCGGUGGAAGGAAAGAUGGACAAAUGACGGCUGGAGAUGCCCACGAGGAAAUGAUCGCUACAGAAAGAGUGACUCGGAGAAACAGAAUGAAAAUACAAGGAAAGAGAAAAAUGACAUCAGUCCAGAUGCUGAUGAUCUAAAUUCUGACAAACGCAGAAAUGACUGUCCUAAUUGGGUAACAGAAAAAAUAAAUUCAGGGCCCGAUCCAAGGACCAGAAAUCCAGAAAAGGUAAAAGACACUCACUGGGAAGAAAACAGAAAUGAAAAUUCAGGGAAUUCUUGGAAUAAAAAUUUAGGUUCCAGUUGGAUGUCUAAUCGUGGUAGAGGUAACAGGGGCAGAGGCACUUACAGAGGUGGUUUUGCCUACACGGAUCAGAGUGAAAACCGGUGGCAAAACCGAAAACCCCUUUCAGGGAAUUCAAAUAGUUCAGGGAAUGAGCCCUUCAAGUUUGCAGAGCAACAGCCCUAUAAACGGAAAAAUGAGCACGAAUUCUCAUUUGAUACACCAGCAGAUCGUUCAGGAUGGACGUCUGCUUCUAGCUGGGCCGUGAGAAAGACUCUCCCAGCAGAUGUUCAGAACUAUUACUCCCGGAGAGGAAGGGCUUCUUCAGGGCCGCAGUCUGGAUGGAUGAGACAGGAGGAGGAAGCAACGGCGGAACAGGAUUCUAACUUAAAAGACCAAACAAACCAACAAGGUGAUGGUUCUCAACUACCUAUAAAUAUGAUACAACCACAAGUGAAUGUAAUGCAGCAACAAAUGAAUGCACAACACCAGCCUAUGAAUAUCUUCCCAUAUCCAGUGGGUGUUCACGCGCCUCUGAUGAACAUCCAGCGCAAUCCAUUUAACAUGCACCCCCCGCUACCUCUGCAUCUCCACACAGGAGUGCCUGUCAUGCAGGUAGCUGCUCCUGCCAGUGUAUCUCAGGGACCACCACCACCACCACCUCCUCCCCCACCAUCCCAACAAGUCAACUAUAUAGCUUCACAACCAGAUGGAAAGCAAUUGCAGGGUAUUCCUAGUGCUUCUCAUGUAAGUAAUAACAUGAAUGCACCAGUCUUGCCUGCUCCGACAGCAGCCCCAGGAAGUAUGGGAACAGUUCAGGGACCAAGUUCUGGUAAUACUUCAUCCUCAAGUCACAGCACAGCCGCUAAUGCUGCUGUCAAACUGGCAGAAAGCAAAGUAAGUGUUACAGUGGAAGCCAGCGCAGAUAGCUCGAAGACAGACAAGAAAUUGCAAAUUCAAGAAAAGGCAGCCCAGGAGGUAAAGUUGGCCAUUAAACCAUUUUACCAAAAUAAAGAUAUCACCAAGGAAGAGUAUAAGGAGAUUGUCCGGAAAGCAGUGGAUAAGGUUUGUCACAGUAAGAGUGGAGAAGUUAAUGCUACUAAAGUGGCCAAUCUGGUGAAAGCCUAUGUCGACAAGUACAAGUACUCACGGAAGGGGAGCCAGAAGAAAAGCCUGGAGGAACCUGGGCCCACUGACAAAGCCGCCGGCUGAGAGCAGCAUGCUGGGAGGACCCGGUCAUGAUGCCUGCCAAGUGCAAUUCCAACAUGUACCAUUUAUUGAAAAUCAUAGACAACUGUGAUGGAAAUCUGGUUUUGAUAAAAUUAUUUUUUUUAAUGUAGGAUAUAAUGUUUUGUUCUAAAUAAAUAUAGUUCUGCACUGCAACUUCUAUAUAUCUCCCCCCUCCCCCUGCCAAGUAAAUACAAGGGAAAGUAAAGAUGUAAGGAAAUGUGCAUUUUUACUAUGACUGUGCUAUGGUGUGGGUACUGCAAGAUGUAUAGCUUUUCAAUCGCAUCAAUAAAGUGCACAAAUUAGAAACUCCUAAGUGCACUGGUUUUGAAAGAUAUAUAUAUAUAUAUAUAUAUAUAUUAAACAUUUAUUCUGUCAGGCUAAAAAAAGUAUAAUCUUUAUGAAUUUUUCCCCACUAAUUAUAGAAAGUUAAAUAAUGUAUUACCAUGAAAAAAAUAUUUCUACUAUUAACAGAACAUGCCAUUUGCAGGGUUCCUAAUGUGUAUUUUUAAAGAAGCACCCAUCUGAAUAAAGUUCCUAGGUAGAAAACCUUAAUCACAUGUGUAAGUUCGUGUUCAGAACUUUGGGACGCACUUCACUGCUUGUAUCAUCAGAUAGAGGUCGCACUGCCUGUUUCUCUUUGUGACUCCCCAGCCCAUCCCAUAAUUGAGAUGAAGCACUUGAUUUGCUAAAUUAGAAUUGUAGCAGUCUAAAGUUCUGGUGAAUUUAAAAGGCUGGUUUGAAAAAAGUGUUGACUUUGUAAAAAUCAUGGGUUUUUUACACUCCCUUCCUUUUGCCCAUCAGGCAUGCUAGUUAGUGCCAGCGAGCAUUCGAAUUGCUGGGAAGCAGAGAGCACCCUUCCUCCCUUGAGACUUUCUGGCAGAAAGAGGAGACUCACUGCACUGGGCUUCACGGAGCUCCUUAUCGUUCUAAUCAUGAGUGACACUUUUCCCACUUGAAAAACCCUCAACGCUGUACAGUGAUUACAGUGUUGACUUGACGACCAUGCGGCCGCCAUUAACCCGGUUGCAAAAUUCUAGACGUUUUAAACGUUGUGUUUGGAAAGGGAGAGGAAUUAAAUCAGAGUUUUUGUUAGGCUUCCAGGGGCUAAGUAUUUUGAUUUUUUUUUGUGAGUGUUUGGAUAUUCUAAUUUUUAUCAAAGGUAAGAUUAACAUUUUAGAGAGAUUGUUUUAAUUGCCAUCUUAUAAGAAUAAAAGUGGAUGCUCUGGCAAACCACCUUUCAUUCCAGUGUAGCAAUACUGAGUAGAAACGAAGUCACUAGAAAGCUGUUCAGAUCUGAUGGUAAUGGCUCGAAGCCAGGUCUGCCUCUGAGACCGAGUGGCCCCUUUACUGGAUAAAUUCAUGAGCACAGCAUUCCUGUUAGGUCUGCACUGUUGUGAAGUUAAGGGUAAACGGUUUCUCAGUUCUGUGUGCAUACUAACUUUCCUGGUGCUAGCUUUGAUAGGCAAAAUAGUUUGAACUGCUGGCCCCACUAAUGAUUGUUCUCAACCAUGAUCUUUGUUUAGGCUGUAAGUGUAAUCCUUAAAUGUUAGAAAUAUUUCCCAACAGUUUUUGAUCUUCAUUCUACACUUGUGAGCAAUUGUAAUAUGGUGUAUUCUACUGGUUUUUAUAGUUUUUUUAUUGAAGUUUGUGUUUUGGUUAUGAUGGGUAGAAAAUAUGGAAGUAUUUUUCUUCUAAUAAAAUAUUAAAGCAGUGUUUUAGAUACCAAACCAUACCACUUGAGUUGUUUCCGUUUGGAAUUCUAGAAACAACAUAUGAACGUUCCAUCUCUUGAGUUAAGGCCGAUCUACACUUUGAAAUUUUAUAGCAAAUUGCUGUGCCUAAAUUGAUUAAUCCCACAAUGCAUACUUUUCCUGUAUUUUCUUUCAAUGACAUUUGGGAAUUGGGUGAUAUUUUUAAUUUUGAUUUAUAUUGUUGAGCUUUUGCAAACAAAUUAAAAUUUUUUUGAAGAAAAACUCAGUGGUGUCAAGAAUUCACAGUCUUAUCUUUGGUAGCAGCCCCUGGAAUUCUUUCUACCUUUCUUGAAAAUAUGUUCCAUAUCUGGUUGGGACACGAAUUAGGCUGCAUUUAAAAUGGAUAACUAAGAAUGUAGCUGGAUUAGAAUUCAAGCAAUACGAUUUUUUUUAACCCUUUCAUAGCCCACAUAAUACAGAGUGAGUCUACACAUUUAGUGUGCUGCCAUCUGCUGGGGCCCUGCAUAACUGAAUAUUAAUAAAUGGGCCUCAUCCCUCCAAACCUAGCAUCAGAGACCCCUUGAGGCAUAUGUGCCCCACUUGGGUUAAUUGUGGCUGAUAACCAUAAGGUCAGCUGUUUGAAACCAACAGCAGUCUCAGAAACCCAGAGGGUCAAUUCUAUCUUUUCCUGUAGGAUUGCCAAGAGUCACGGUUUACUCACUAGCAGUAAGUUUUGAGUUUAAUUGUAUCAAAAAACCAUAUUUAAAAGAAAAUUUGAAAGUUUUCCCCUCUUAUUUUAAUGAUUUCUAUUAACAAAAACACAUCGUUUCAAUGAUAAAUGCAGAAAAUAAUUUGGUCUUGAAAGGAUUAAACUUUCAAGUAUUUCAGAAUAUCUGACAAUGCAUGCUUUGUUAACACAGUGCUUUAAUAUCCCUCCCCUUUUAAAUUCACAUUAGUUUUGCAUGUGUACAAACUUUUUGUGGCAUUUCAAAGGAAUGUAAUUUACAGAAAGUCAGUAUUAACUUGACUUUUGAAGUCCUGGUCCCUUUAGCCUGCUGGUCACAUUGACUAGUGUUUUCAGCAAUAGAGAUGCCUAGACUUUUCAGGCUAAAAGUAGUUAGCCAUUAUAUCAAUAUCCCAAAACUUUUGUGAUUUUUUUUUUUUUCUGCCCCCCUGCCCAGACUUAAACUCCUUUAUUUUCCCUCUAUGGCUGCAGUGUGCACUGCUUCAAUGUUCCAUCCCAAAGUUGUAGCUUUAGCAGCAUAGUGGUUGCCCUGGGUCCAUGAGCCAUUGUUUGUGGUAGGAGGAUGGAGUGCUGUCUACUGAAACCAGACUCAAAUAUGUAGUGUGUGAUAUUUUCUAAUAAAUUCUUUUGUUAAACAAA